GUGUAGCCAGUAUAUUGCGGUAUCUUGUUUCGUCUAUGUUUCUUUCCAGAAAUGCUUGUAGAACCACGUAAUUUUGGUUUUCCUUGAAAAUAAAGUAACACCACAAAUUAGAAUUUUUUUAGUGGAAAAUACUAAGUGAAUUAUUUUUAAUAGCUACCAUUGUCUCAUAAUAUUUGUAUAGUACAUCUUUAAAAAGGUAUAUAAAAUAUUCUGUUUAGAUUUUUCAUUUUUAAAGAUCUAACAGUUGAAGUAACCUUUUCUUCCUUGCACUGUUGAAGUAGCAUAAUUAAUUGUUUUUAAGAGCUUUUUAGCCUACACUGCAGUAUUUUCUUCUUUCCUUUGUAGAAUACGGAAAUAGCCGGAGAUUAAUUUUUCUCUGAUUCCUUCCUGGGUCUGAGACCAGCUGAAUAGUCUUCUAUUUCUUAAAAUAUUGGAAGUUUUAAGGAAUUAAUACUUUUUUCCCCAUGCUAAUCUUGCAGUUCUGCUUUCCAGUCUUAAAAAAAUAACCCUCGGUCUGAGACCUUAUCUUCUCAACAGUUUCAUGAGUUGUUUGCAAGGAUCUCAGAAGUACUGAUACUCUGUUGCAAAGCAUGGGGCACUGUGGUUAUGAACCAGGCCCUGGGGCUAGACACACUGAGCUUUCCUCCUAACUCUGCUACUUACUAAUUGGGCAAGUUACUUAACCUCUAAACCUUAAUUCCUACCUCUUUAAAUGGGGGAUAAUGGCAGUACCCAUAUCAGAAGGCCAUGUGAAGAGCAGAUGAGAAAAUGCAUGUUAAGUGCUUAUUUAUAGCAAUUAGCACAUAGUAAGCAUUCAUGUUAGCUAAUGUUACUGCCAGUAAAAAUUAUGAUGGGGCUUAUUUUUAGAGGAGCAUAUGUUUGCAGAUGGGGUGAGAUUCACGAUCAUCUUCAAAGCUGAUUGUCAGUCUUAGAUACCUUUCCUCCUUGGGAGCCGUCUUCCCAACCAUUUGCAGGGGGCAAGGGAAGAGUGGCUUUAAGUGUUCCUGGAUGCAACGGUCUGGCUGCCUUCACAGGGGGUACCUGGACCCUGCUUUGCAAUCUGGCACUAUUGUCUGUGUCAGGCACCUUGGAUGGGGUUAAUUUUUUUUUUUUUUUUUGGUAGAUGGUAUCCUAGUGCUGCCCUGUUGAAUUGAAGGGGCCUUAGAAUGCUGUUUUCAGCAACUGAAUUUCUAAGUUGAUCUAGCACACCAAAAAGUGAUUUGCAUGCACUGAGCCAUCUUGUAGAUGAUAUUUACUGAGUUUUAAGUUUUAAGACUAUUAAUAGCAUUUCUUGAAAUGCUACAUAGCAGGUGCCUCCACCUGGAAUUCUAGCAGUAAAGAAGGAUGUUCCAGUCCUAGAAGCCACCGAACAGGCCUGAUGGUAUCCAUCUAGCAGGGAACACCAUUUUGCCAGAGAUUCUGUUCUUUAGGUAUCCGAAUUGGAGCACCUGGGUGUGGACAGUCUUGGAGGGGAAGCUGCUUUCUCGUGUGCAGGUGUCUCCUGCUGUCUCCAGGGACAUCUGGGACAUAAACAUUCAUUCACUACCCACACGCUGUUGGAUUACCCUUUGGGAGAGGAGAAAGCCUCUGGACUUGGAACUAGGAAAUCUGAAUUUGAUGAACCUUGUUUCUCUGGGUCUCAGUUUCAUUUCUUUACAGUGAAGGAAUCGGACUAGAUGUUCUCAAAUUCCUUUGCCAGCACUAAGAUUAUGUGUGAUUCUGAGUGCUCUUUGCACUUUUAGGGCAAAGACCUUUGCUGUGAUCACUUCUGUGUAUUAAUAGAGUGAAGCUUCCUUGAAUGGUUGAGCUUCAGCAAAUCCUUUCUGGGACCAGUGGAGAAAUAAAGUGUGCAAAACCCGAGUGCAGAACGGAGAGUGGAGCCCAGGCAGCUCCAUUCGGCAGCCCUGGCAUCGCUGAAGGGAGAUAUCGCAGAGCUCAACAAACGUCUGCAGCAAACAGAGCGGGAACGGGACCUUCUGGAAAAGAAAUUGGCCAAGGCACACUGCGAGCAGUCCCACCUCAUGAGAGAGCAUGAGGACGUGCAGGAGCGGACGGCGCUGCGGUACGAGGAGCGCAUCACGGAGCUGCACGGCGUCAUCGCCGAGCUCAACAAGAAGAUAGACCGCCUGCAGGGCGCCACCAUCCGGGAGGAAGAUGAGUACUCGGAGCUACGGUCGGAACUCAGCCAGAGUCAGCACGAGGCCAACGAGGACUCUCGAAGCAUGGACCAAGACCAGACCUCCGUCUCCAACCCCGAAAACCAGUCCACCAUGGUCACCGCCGACGUGGACAACUGCAGCGACCUGGACUCGGAGCUGCAGAGGGUGCUCACGGGGCUGGAGAAUGUGCUCUGCGACAGGAAGAAGAGCAGCUGCAGCCUCUCCGUGGCCGAGGUGGACAGGCACAUCGAGCAGCUCACCACGGCCAGCGAGCACUGCGACUUGGCCAUCAAGACGGUCGAGGAGAUUGAGGGCGUGCUGGGCCGGGACCUGUAUCCCAACCUGGCUGAAGAGCGGUCUCGGUGGGAGAAGGAGCUGGCCGGGCUGAGGGAAGAGAAUGAGAGCCUCACUGCCAUGCUGUGCAGCAAGGAGGAGGAGCUGAACCGUACCAAGGCCACCAUGAACGCCAUCCGGGAGGAGCGGGACCGGCUCCGGAGGAGGGUUCGAGAGCUUCAGACUCGACUGCAGAGUGUUCAGGCCACAGGUCCCUCCAGCCCUGGCCGCCUCACGUCCACCAACCGCCCGAUUAACCCCAGCACCGGAGAGCUGAGCACGAGCAGCAGCAGCAAUGACAUUCCCAUCGCCAAGAUUGCCGAGAGGGUGAAGCUAUCAAAGACAAGGUCCGAAUCCUCAUCGUCUGAUCGGCCAGUCCUGGGCUCAGAAAUCAGUACCAUAGGGGUGUCCAGCAGCGUGGCAGAACACCUGGCCCACUCGCUUCAGGACUGCUCCAACAUCCAAGAGAUUUUCCAAACACUCUACUCACACGGAUCUGCCAUCUCUGAAAGCAAGAUUAGGGAGUUUGAGGUCGAAACAGAACGGUUGAAUAGCCGGAUUGAACACCUCAAGUCCCAGAAUGACCUCCUGACCAUAACCCUGGAGGAGUGUAAAAGCAACGCCGAGAGGAUGAGCAUGCUGGUGGGGAAGUACGAGUCCAACGCCACCGCGCUGAGGCUGGCCUUGCAGUACAGCGAGCAGUGCAUCGAGGCCUACGAGCUCCUGCUGGCGCUGGCCGAGAGCGAGCAGAGCCUCAUCCUGGGGCAGUUCCGAGCGGCCGGCGUGGGCUCCUCCCCUGGAGACCAGUCAGGGGACGAAAACAUCACUCAGAUGCUCAAGCGAGCUCAUGACUGCCGGAAGACAGCUGAGAACGCCGCCAAGGCCCUGCUCAUGAAGCUGGACGGCAGCUGCGGGGGCGCCUUCGCCGUGGCCGGCUGCAGCGUGCAGCCCUGGGAGAGCCUGUCCUCCAACAGCCACACCAGCACGACCAGCUCCACAGCCAGCAGCUGCGACACAGAGUUCACUAAGGAGGACGAGCAGCGGCUGAAGGAUUACAUCCAGCAGCUCAAGAACGACAGGGCCGCCGUCAAGCUGACCAUGCUGGAGCUGGAGAGCAUCCACAUCGACCCCCUCAGCUACGACGUCAAGCCCCGGGGAGACAGCCAGCGGCUGGACCUGGAAAACGCCGUGCUGAUGCAGGAGCUGAUGGCCAUGAAGGAGGAGAUGGCCGAGCUGAAGGCCCAGCUCUACCUGCUGGAGAAAGAGAAGAAGGCGCUGGAGCUGAAGCUGAGCACGCGGGAGGCGCAGGAGCAGGCCUACCUGGUGCACAUCGAGCACCUCAAGUCCGAGGUGGAGGAGCAGAAGGAGCAGCGGAUGCGCUCGCUCAGCUCCACCAGCAGCGGCGGCGGCAAAGACAAACCCAGCAAGGAGUGUGCCGAGGUCGCCUCCCCAGCUCUGUCCCUCGCCGAACUGAGGCCGACGUGCAGCGACAGCGAGCUGGCUGCGGAGUUCGCCAACGCCAUCCGGCGAGAAAAGAAGUUGAAGGCCAGAGUUCAGGAGCUGGUGAGCGCCUUGGAAAGACUCACUAAGAGCAGUGAAAUCCGACAUCAGCAGUCAGCGGAGUUUGUUAAUGACCUAAAGAGGGCCAACAGCAACCUGGUAGCUGCCUAUGAGAAAGCAAAGAAGAAGCAUCAAAACAAACUGAAGAAGCUGGAGUCGCAGAUGAUGGCCAUGGUGGAGAGACAUGAGACCCAAGUGAGGAUGCUCAAGCAGAGAAUAGCUCUGCUGGAGGAGGAGAACUCCAGGCCACACACCAAUGAGACUUCACUUUAACUGGCACUUGGGCAUCAACGUUCUGCCCAUGGGAGCUAAACUGUAGCAGACCCCAGAGGAGAGAAGGGCCCUGGGGAACAGAGUACCUGUUGGGAGAAUGAGGAAAGGGAAGGUUGGCAGGUAGGUCAGCACUUGGGACAAUGGAGCACCCCAGACUCAGCUCCUGGAGUAAGUGGCCCUGGUGCCACUGUGUGGACUGUACCCAGAAGUUCCUGCUCCUCCAUCCCGGACCCACAACAGCACGUAAACGUGCUGUGUGCCUACUCAGCAGAACCUUGCUCCUGCUCUCCACACUUGAUUUCUCACUCUCCCUCCUUUUCUGGGCUAGAGGCUGUGCAUCUGUGGGAUCCCAGGCAUUUGUUUAUAAGAUUUUCCAUUCUAUCGUUAGCAGAAUGGGCUUAUCUUCUGGCAUCCACAAUUUCUCCUCUUUCCUCCUCCUUCAGGGGAAAACUGGCACACACUCGAGUCUGUGUGCGCCCCCAGCAACUGGAAGGACUGCUGAUUUGCUUAAUGCAGCAAGGCUUUGGUUUUCAAGACACAUGUAUCAACUCUUAAGAUAUAGGCUGCCACACACAGGUGCUCUCUGGGAGUCACACAUCACAGGCAGAUGGUACAGAGGUGUUACUUACAGUUCCAGAUAUGCUGAAGUUACAAAUAGAGCAGCACCAGCGCUGCGCUGGAACAAUUCUGUGCCUGGAGAAUAAAAACUUCCUUCAGCUUCCAUUUUGGAGGCAGGGCUGAGAAGGGAGCUCUCUUUUGAUUCUGGGAUUUUUUUCCCUCCUGGUAGAGCUUUAUUAAUAGCCAAGAUGUAGACCCGGGAAUCCUUCUGAUACGUGUAGUGGAAAUAAAAUUUUAUUAAGGGUUUCUUCAA